CAGAAGACACAUAGACAUAGACAUAUAAGUAUGUAUGAUCAUUAAUAAACGUGUGUUACAAUCUAAUAUAUGCUGUCAAUGGUUGUAAUGGACUGACAACCAGACCAUGUCCUCGUCACGUGAUCCACUCAGCUCUGCUGCUCCCGCGGACAUCUGCAAAAUGGAGGACCACGACGCUAAAGAACCAGAGCAGCUCAGAAAGCUGUUUAUUGGAGGUCUGAGCUUUGAAACUACGGAGGAGAGUUUACGGGCUCAUUUUGAACAAUGGGGAACUCUCACGGACUGUGUGGUGAUGAGGGACCCCAACAGCAAGCGAUCAAGGGGGUUCGGAUUUGUAACGUACUCCUGUGUAAGCGAAGUCGACGAAGCUAUGAAAGCAAGGCCUCAUAAAGUAGAUGGCCGAGUUGUUGAACCCAAGAGGGCUGUGUCCAGAGAGGACUCCAAUAAACCUGGUGCCCAUCUGACAGUGAAGAAGAUCUUUGUUGGCGGUAUCAAGGAGGACACUGAGGAGUACCAUAUCCGCGAGUAUUUUGAGAAGUAUGGAAAAAUUGAAUGCAUCGACAUCAUGGAGGAACGCUCCACUGGGAAAAAGAGAGGAUUCUGCUUUGUGUCCUUUGAUGACCAUGACACUGUUGACAAAAUUGUUGCCCAGAAAUUCCACACAAUCAACUUCCACAAUUGUGAGGUCAGGAAAGCGCUGUCAAAACAGGAAAUGAGUGCUAUGUCCACCAACAGGGGCAGGAGUGGAGGAUCGGGAAAUUUCAUGGGGAGAGGUGGUAAUUAUGGAGGUGGUGGCAACUUUGGCCGAGGUGGCUAUGGUGGAGGACGAGGUGGUUAUGGUGAUGAUUUUGAUAAUGGUCCAGGAGGAAAUUAUGGUGGAGGACCGGGUUAUGGAGGAGGCCGGGGGGGCUAUGGAGGUGGGGGUCCGGGAUAUGGUAACCAGGGUGGUGGAUUUGGGGGCAGCUGUGACGGAGGUUACGGAGGUAAUGACGGAGGAUAUGGAGGGGGUGGAAAUUACAACGACUUUGGAAAUUAUGGUGGACAGCAGUCCAACUACGGGCCCAUGAAGGGAAACAACUUUGGUGGCAGAAACUCGGGUGGACCGUACGGCGGUGGCUAUGGCUCUGGCGGCGGCGGAGGAGGCUAUGGCUCACGGCGAUAUUAAUUAUUUCAUGUUUUGAUGUGGAAAGAGGCAUUCUCUUCUUGCUGAAAAUCUGUAAAGACCUGAUAACAUGGAAGGUUCUGGAUGGGUAAGACUUUUUCAAAAUAUUAUCAAAGGCUGCUCAUAUUGUAAUCUAACUGCACAUGGUGAUUAUACAAGGUGCAAGGGUUCUCUUAAGGUAAACCGAGGAGACAUUCAGUAUUGCUCCACCAGAAUCAGCCUGUGACCUUCACCACACUGCUCGAACUGCAAAAUACGUUGUUUACAUCUAUUACCUUUUACUAUCAGUCAGAUGGAGUCUGAUAAAGUUCAUAGUGAUGAAAAUGGGGGCAGCAACUCACCACACUCUUCCUAAGAAAAAACAGUAUUUACAUGUAUCUAUUACAAUUCAUUACACCAGUUCUGUCAUAAAUUCUACCUUUUUAUGAAGUUUAUAAUCUUCAGUUUCUGUUGACAUUGUCAGAAAUGGGUAAAUUCAAUUAUACGUUUAUUACUGAGUGCAUAGUUAAAGAUGGUGGUGUACUGGAUCAUAGUAUACUAUAUAGGUGUUUUUGUGUCCUCCCUAUUUGUAAGUGGGCAAAAUAUUAGAAGCACCUCUGAAUAUAAAGCAGCCCACCACCUCUAACUGUGACCUCAGUGCUGAAAUAUAUAAUUAACUUCUCUAUGACUGUCAUAAAACUUAAUAUUAUACAUCAUAAAAGUAGAACAGUUGUAUUAGAUUGUGCUGGUGUGUAUAUACUAAUCUAUAUACCAAGCUAUCACUUACAUCAUGCAGGGUUUAAGUAUAUAGAAAUGCAUGGAAAUCAGAGGAUCCUUGCCCUCACCAGUCUAAAUAAACAGAACAGUGUAAACAUAAUAGAAAAGGACUGCUAACUCUCAAGGAACUUGAUUGCCAAAGGAGGUCAUGGUAGUAGAAAUAGAAAUAGUAAUAGUGAAAUAGUAUUUAAUUUAUUUAAAGGGAUAGAAAUCAGCACUUUGUUGAGCCAGUUUUGAAGCAAGGAGGUAAAUACAAAAAAAAAAUGUAUUUGACAGGCAGUCACAUGAAAUGGGCGAAAUGUGUCAACAGAAAGGAACUGUGGUCACAAGUUGAAACUAACACACAGCGGUAAAACAAACUAUACAGAGUAUAGUCUCAAAUUCUAGUAAUUGGCAUACUUUACAGGAAGUGUAAACGGUUCAUAUUUACUUCAAAGGCCAAAAGCUUUUCAUAAAGUGUUUUUUUUUGUUUACCUCGUGAGUUAAAAAUAAGUUAAGAUGUCUGGUGGGAAUUUUGUAAGGUUUCCCAGAAAACGGGAACUACAGAGAUUCAGCUUCUGCACUUAAAGCUUGUAAUUACUGCACUUGAUGAUGCUGCAGUUAAAUCACUUACUAUAUAUAUAACAUGGGGAGUUUAAACAUCUGCUUUCAUUUACUGAUAUUAAUUUUGAAAAAUUACAUUUUGGAUAAUUUAAUUUCUUAAGCUUUAUACAUAUCAAAUAUUUUUUAAAUGUAUUGAUGUGGGAAUGUCAAACAUGUCAGACUAUGAAUAUGACCCACAUGAUUACCUACAACACAUUUAGGUUUUAUGCAUUUUAACUGUUUGAAAGAAUUACACAUGCAUUUUUAGGAUUCCAUGCGGGUCAGGUCUGCCCGCUAAUAUGUCUCUCAGUUGAAGGAUAGUGUUUCUACAGAGGAAUGCAGAAUGACCAACUCCAUGACACAGAAUAAAGCUGUGCUUGGCAAAAGCACGCCGUUGUCAAUGAACUGUGUUGGCUUAAACAGUAAGAUUUUUAGAUGUAAAAGUGUGACUUGUGCUCUUAAAUAAAAAUGUUUUCCAUGA